CGUUUACUAAUUUCUUAUUAAUGAUUCAAGUAACCACAUUCAUCUCUCUUCUACCUUGUCCAUCUCAAAAAUGGGGAGCCAGCCCGAAUCUCCGUUGUUGCCCCAACACCACAUAAAGAAACCCACGUACGCCGCCGCCGGCGUCGUCUUCCCCAAACCCACCGACGAUCCUCCGCCUCCGCCAUCCCUUCCACCUUCGCCGCCGGUUGACAACGAUGAUCCUAACAGCCAUAAACCAGAACCCGAAUUCGAAUGUUCACCCCGAUGUCUCCGUGUCACCGCCGUCCUCGGCGUACUCCUGCUCAUCGGCAUUCCCAUCUAUUACGUGAUAGAAGACCAAUUGGCGCCCUACUCCCCCAAAGCCAACGUCGUUUCGGCCUUCGUGUCAAUAAAAAAAUCCAACACCAGUAAUGGGCCCGCCGCGGGCCGGUUGACAGCCAAUUGGGCCUUCACUCUCCAUCUCGACAACUCGCUCCCUUGCUGUCAGGCCGUGUACCCGUACCGAGUCGAGGCUUCCGUUUAUCACCAGGCCGACGGCGGUGGGGGCCCGGCCCGUGACCGGCGUGUGCUGGCGUCGACGCGUCAGUUUGCGGGGUUGAGCGUGGACCCGAAGGUGGACGAUCUGACGUUUUUUAUUCAGUUGGGAGCGGACGGAGCGGACGUCGGGGAGAAUGUGACGGCGGCCGUUUAUAGGGAUCUGGCCGAAUUGGAACAGAAUCGGUUGCGGUUCAGGGCUGUGAUUCUGGUUUGGGUGAGGAUCGAACCGUAUAACUUCGGAAGCCGGUAUUAUUUGGCUCGGAUUAGUUGUGAUCCGUUCUGGACCGGUUCGGCUAGUAUUGCGGGCAAGUCCCUCGAUGACAAUAAGGAGUGUCAAGUCCACGUGAUUGAACAAAGCCACCCAAGUUCCUUGGACCAAAAUCGAACAAGACUCAACGCUACAACAGUAAAAAUUAGUAGCGGGGAAGUGAAGCUCUGAGUUGCCCAAGUGUUGUUUUUUACUUUUUACUACGUCUGAACUUUUGUAAGAGUAGAGUAAAUAUGGAGAUAAAUGUUGGUUUUUGGAUUUGAUCUUAUGGUAAGGAGUUGAGGAUCUUAGAUGGAUAAUUUAUUUAGAGGUUUGUUUGGCAAACAUGUAUUCUAAAUGGAUGUUUAAGAUACAUACUCUUUUUUUUUUUUUCCUUUUUCAUGUUUUGUACCAAAUUUUUGGUACCAGACAAACUCAUUUAAUAGAAUGCAUGAUAAUCACUUCCAGGACAA